UAUAAAGAAGAAAGCUCAAGUGGAAGCAAUAACAGUGCCAAGGAAAUUAAGCAUCAUCAUCCAUGGAUGUUAGUAAUAUCCAAGAUCCAAGAAGCCAAGGCAUUAUGAGUUCCAGCUCCAAAAAUGCUCAAGUGGAAGUGAUAGUAGUGCCAUUCCCAUGUAUGCAAAGCCAUCUCAACCAACUUCUCCAACUCUCCUGCCUCAUCUCCUCCUCCUACAACAUUCCCGUCCACUACGCCACCACCGCCACCCACCUCCGCCAGGUCCAACUCCGUUUCAAUUCCCAAACCCACCUCCAAAAUCCCCAGAUCCACUUCCAUGAAUUCCCCACCCCUCCUUUCCUCUCCCCUCCUCCGAACCCGAAUUCCUCCUCCAAAUUCCCUUCACACAUGCUGCCUUCCUUUGAGGCUUCCUUACAGCUUCGCGACCCCGUGGCGGAUCUCCUCCGUGAGAUCUCCAACACCGCCACACGGGUCGUUGUAAUCCACGACAUCAACAUGGCUUAUGUGGUUCAGGACGUUGCCACCAUUCCUAAUGCAGAGUCCUAUGUCUUUUGCCCUGUUUCUGCUUUCUACAUGUCUUUCAUGUCAUUGAAAGAUCAUGAAGCUUUCCAGUCACUUGAAGAAUUGAAAGGGCUAUCAACUAUCCCAGAAAAUCUACCUCCAGAGGUCCUAAAAUUUUGCACUCUUCAAGCUGAUUAUCAGUCGCUAGCCGCUGGAACCAUAUUCAACUCAUGCAGAUCAAUUGAAGGUACUUACCUAGAUUUGCUGGAAAAGGAAAUGAGCAGUAGAAACAAGAAAGUUUGGGCAAUUGGGCCAAUGAAUUCAGACACAAAAGGUGACAAAAGAAAGUCAAAUAGCCGCCAACACAUGUGUUUGGAGUGGCUAGAUAAACAAGCCCCAAAAUCUGUGCUAUACGUCUCGUUUGGAACAACUACUACAAUGGCAGAUGAACAGAUCAAAGAGCUUGCACUUGGAUUGGAACAAAGCAAACAGAAGUUCCUUUGGGUUUUGCGAGAUGCAGAUAAAGGAGACAUUUUUGCCAGAGAUGUGGAGCGAUCUCCACUCCCAGAUGGGUACAUGGAAAGGGUCAAGGAAUUUGGAAUGGUGGUGACGGAUUGGGCGCCUCAGGUGGACAUUUUGGGACACCCAUCAACCAGUGGAUUUAUGAGCCAUUGCGGAUGGAACUCGUGUUUGGAGAGUAUAACCAUGGGAGUGCCGAUACUUGCUUGGCCAAUGCACUCUGACCAACAUGGAACUGCAUUUCUGGUUACAAACAUUUUAAAAGUUGGUCUAGGAGUCACCAUCUGUGAACAACAAGAGCAAAUAGUGACUUCAUCCACCAUUUGUGGAGUUGUAAAGAUGUUGAUGGCAUCAAGAGAAGGGGAAGAGGUCAGAAGGAAUGUUGAGGAGAUCGGUGGUGCCACCCGCCAAGCAGUGGAGGAAGGUGGUGUUUCUAGCUUGGAGUUGGAUUCAUUCAUUACCCACAUAACUAGGUAGCUAAAUAAUUGCUUAGGGAACUUAUUGUUUGUUUGUUUUUUAGAGAUUUUUAGCAGUAGGUACAGAAUAUCACAUCUUAAUUCCCAUUAAAAAUGAGUUUAUAGAAUAAAUAAAUAAUUGUAGUCCGUGUGCUGGGGAAUGGAAUGCGCCAUUGGGCAAGCUGCACAGGUUUGUUAACAUCUAUGGGCAGACCAUGAAAAUUGUACGUUGAAGAAAUGGGUGCACUAAUUAGAUGUCUAGUUGACAUUAUUAAUUGGCACAAAUGCAAUUUGAAAAUUAGUGUCCAAGAUGCUAUAUAAUGGCUAUCAAGUUUGUCAAUUAAGUUGGCUCUUUCCAAA